AUAUCCUCGGCAAACAGGGGUAAGCAGAGUUGUUGGCGCUUGAAGUUUCUAUAUUUCGUGCAUCGCUCUGCCACAAACGAGAAAUGUCCCUUUGGUUGUAAUACAUUUUAAAGAAACACACUUUAAGACUGGGGAAGGAAAUGGAGGAAAAACGCAUAGGGUCAUAAAACAUUAUACGUCUCCCAUGUAAUUAUAUAUAUUCAUCGGAAGACCCGCAUAUACACAGGCUGUUAUGUAUAUGUUUGUCGACAGACGUUCGGGAGACAUAUGUCAUAAAUAUGACCAUUAACCUGUCUACUAUUCCUUUGAAGAUUUCACCAUGACGAUUUUCACCGUGACAUCCAGGAGUAUUUCAGCUCGAUGGAGUAGAUAUGUAGGAGCACAUUCCUACAGGAUUUCUGCAAACUCCGUAGCAGUUAUGGGACAGCCAGCGUUUGUCAUUUUCAACAAUCGAUUUGUUCUUGGUACAAUCACCUCCUUGUUACCCGCAACUUUGUACAACGUUAAAGUAGAGGUUCUUGACGGCAACGGUAAUGUAUUGGCUGAAGAUCAAACACAGCAAGUCACAACUCCCGAUAUUCCUUUAAAUAUAAAGGCUUAUUCAAAGACUAGCAGUAGCAUUACUGUGAAUUGGUCCGCUGUUCCCAAAGCCACUGGCUACGUCUUGAAAGCAAAAUCUGGCAGUUCAGUCAUUGAAACUGUUGUGAAUGAUUCAUCUGGGACUCUGACAGGGUUGCGGCCAUAUACUUUAUAUACCAUCUCUGUACAAUCUUCUAACGCUGGAGGAAACAGUCAGCCAUCAUUGCCUGUAGAAACAAGAACAGUCUUAGCUGCCCCUGUCAUCCAUUCUACAUCACCAAAUUUCAAAACGAUCAUUGUCAAUUUGGAGCCUGUGUCUCAUGCAGUGAAAUACAGCUUCAUUAUCAUCAGGUCAGAUGCAGUGGGCAACAAGAUUAAAAAGACCAUAACCUCCACCAAUGUAUCAUUCACUGACCUGGAGCCAGGUACAUGGUACACUAUAAAAGCACAUGCGUUGGAUGCCAAUGGUAUUCCUGGUGAUGAUAAGAUAAAAGAACAAAUUACAAGACCCCAUGCUCCACAAUCUGUGAGAGCAGUUCUCACCACUGAUUCUUUGAGCACAACUCUGGGUGUUUUUGUUACAUGGAAUGCCUCAGAAGGCUCAACAAAUUACCUUGCUACACCCAUUGAAAAAUCUCGGAAUGUAGUCCAGAACUGUACAUCACGAUCCACAUCCUGCAUCAUUUCUCCAGUCCCGUGUGGUAUACAGUACAAUGUCACUGUAGUAGCCUUUAAUGAUGCUGGCCCAUCUGAUGCUGCAAAACCUACAGAGUUUAUGAGCAUACCUUGUAGUCCAAGUGACAUUACAAUUUGGGAGAUCGACUCUGGUAAUCUGACAGUAUCCUGGUCCCCAUCCCACCUGACUGAUUACUACACGGCGUUUGUGAAAAGAGAUGAUGGCCUUGAGGUUAUGUGCAACACCUCCUUAACAAGUUGUUCCUUCCAGUCCGAAUGUGGAUUCAUUUACUUUAUCAGUGUUUUUUCAUACAAUAAAGUUGGGCAGAGUCCUCCAGGAAAUGUUUUAAAUUACACAACAGCACCUUGUUGUCCAACUCAUGUUAAAGCUGUGUUUGUCUCAAGUGAUACUAUUGAGAUGAAGUGGAAUCCAGUUCGUGGAGCUGAAAUGUAUGAAACCAAAGCCCAAGAUGCGAGUUCAGUGGUAUUCUGCAAUGACACGUCCACACUGUGUACAUUGUCUGGAUUGAAAUGCAACACAAUCUACAAUAUUACUAUAUAUUCUUACAGUGAUAUCAGGGGGUUCAACUAUUCAUGUCAGAAAAGAUCAAUCAUCACAGGGCCAUGCAGUCCCAGCAUUCUAAAUAUUACAAAAGUGAGUCCAUCGACCAUUAAUGUGUCAUGGCAACAAAAUAAUCAUGAUGCUGUGUACAAGGUUUUUGCUUUUGGAAAAGCUGGGGUCAGAUCCUGCAACAGCUCAGGAUCUUCUUGUGAAAUCAAUGAUCUCCCAUGUGGAGCUAUCUUCUCUGUCAGUGCAGUGGCCACAACUCCAGAAGGGAAGAGCUUACCCAGUUACAGUCUACCAUUAGAAACUGUGCCCUGCUGCCCAGAUAGCUUCUCAGUCACACAGAUUACACAGUCAAUGACCAAUGUUAGCUGGACUGAAGCAAUUGGAGCACAGUCAUAUACUACAGUCUUGGAAUCAUCUAAAGGACAGGCUAAAUGCCACACUGGAGAAAACCAUUGCCUGCUUGGAUGUAUAACUUGUAGCACCAAUUAUACAGUGUCUUUAAGUGCCAUUAGUGAAACUGGACUGACAUCAGUGUGCAAUUACAAAGGAUAUUCAUCCAAUGGAUCAAUAGUCACAUUUUGUCCGAUGAAAAUGUAUUCAGUAUCUUGCUCCAUGAAUUCAGGUGCAAUGGUAAUUUAUCGAGGGAGGAGGAGCUUAUUUUAUAAUGAAGCUUAGGAAAGACAAGGAUCACAGAUGAAUAAAAUCAAUUUAUCCAAACAGAAGUCAAUGCAAAAUGCUGUUCUUCAUGUACACUUAUCUAGAAAAAGCUGUGAAAAAUAAUGACAUAAUUAUUCUGAAAAUCACUUUAAUACACAUUGCUUCAAAUACUGGGAACUAAAUACUGGGAACUAGUCUGUUGAUCUGAUAAAUAGCUAACAUGUUUAAGCACAUCCUUACUUUUAAUCAAUAAAGAGAUAACGUAAUACAAUUAAGCUUAACAACAGACAUUCAUUUCAUUAACUAUGUGUCUCUUAAAAUUAGCAAUGGUUCUGAUUAAGCUAAUGGAAACAAAAUUAGGACAAGGAGAAAAGCUUUUCUGUAUCUUGUUUAGAUUUCAUGCCUUUUAUCAUAUUUGUAUAAAUGAAAGAAAGCUGAAGGCUGAAUCAAGAAAGAAAUGUGAAUGGUGAUCUUUGGAAUACUUCUUGUUGUGCAUGUGAUAUUAAAAAUAAAAGCAAAUACUCAG